AUGUCUCCAGUGAGCAGGAAGAGGAAGGCUUGUCAACAAUGGCCAAGUCUGGAGAAUGAACAAGGGCUCCAGCAGCAGAUAAACUGUGAGGGGUGGGUGGAGUCUGGCAGUGUUAGUGACGAUGGAGAGGGAAGCUCCGCUUGGGUGACGUGGCACAGCAAGAUCCCAAAUGGCCUGGCUCAGUCUUGGACACUGGCCAAUGUAGGGUCUUCGCUGAGAAAAAUGAGAAAGGUGAAGAGAAGGCGAGUGUCUUUCUCCCGGAUGGAUGGGCCAGAUCUCGGAGGAAGUACCACCAAAAAGGACAGAACAGGUCCGUUCUCCAUCCUGUCCAUCCCUCCCGAGUUACUGGACCAGAUCGUGGCGGAGCUGUCGGUAAGGGACGUGGUGACGCUGGGACUGACCUGCCGCUACCUGCACCACUUCUGCAGCACCGACGCCGUGUGGAAACGCAUCAGCCGCCGGCUGGCGCCCAGGGUCGGCACCGAGGAUGCGGAGGAGGGCUUCUGGAAACGGGCGGCAGUGCUCAACUAUACCAAAGGCCUGUUUUUCCAAACGUUCGGUGGUCGUAGGAAGACCGUCAGUCGCACUGUCGCCCCUCACCUGUCCCAUGGAUACCGCAAGUUCAUCCCAACCAAGGACAAUGUCUUCAUCCUGGACUACAGCGGCACUCUGUUCUUCCUGAAGAAUGCCCUGGUCUCGUCCAGUCUGGGCCAGAUCCAGUGGAAGCGAGCUUGUCGCUACGUUGUGCUGUGCCGCAAUGUUAAGGAUUUUGCAACUGACCCGAGGAAUGACACAAUCUACAGGAAAUAUUUAUAUGUACUGGGGACAAGGGACAUUCCACUUUUGGUGACCCAAGACCCAAGUGACGUCGCCCACACGUGUGACUGCGUGGAGGUAUACCUCCAGUCCAGUGGCCAACGGGUAUUCAAGAUGACCUUUCACUCUUCCAUGAGGUUCAAGAAGAUCAAGUUGGUGGGUCAGGAAACAGAAAGGUCCCUGCUGCUCCUCACAGAUGACGGGAAGAUCUACAGUUUGACCAUCAACGAGACUCAGCUUGACCAGCCGAGGUCCUACACUGUGCAGCUAUCCACCCGCAAGAUCACCAAGUGUCUGCCUCACAUCACCGUGGCAGAGGUCCACUCAAACCAGAGCAGCGCUCUCUACAUCACAGAUUCAGGUGCUGUCUACCUGGAGGUUCACACCGCGGGGGUUUAUCGAGACCUCUUUGGAACGCUUCAUGCCUUCGAUCCCUUUGACCAACAGAUACCACUUGCUCUGGCACUUUCGUCCAAGGUCAUCAGCUGCUCAUUGGGAUACAAUCACCUGGGAUUGGUCGAUGAAUUUGGACGGAUAUUCAUGCAAGGAAACAACCGAUAUGGGCAGCUGGGGACGGGUGACAAGAUCGACAGAGGAGAGCCAACCCUGGUGCCGUACCUGAAGCGACCGCUGGACAUCUGGUGUGGCCUGAACGACUCGCUGGUUCUCUCGCAGGCCAGCGACUUCAGUAAGGAAGUGCACGGCUGCGGCUGUGGAGCGGGAGGCCGCUUGCCAGGGUUCCCGAAGGGCAGUGCCUUCUUUGUCAAGCUGUAUGUUCAGGUCCCACACUGUACCAAGCUGCUCUGCUCCACACGGGAGUGCCUCUACAUGCUGUCCUGCUACGACAUUAGCGAGGUGCUGGUGUUCCGCGAGCUGCCCUGCACCAAGGGCCGGACGCAGGGCCCCGACGUGGAGCUGGAGGGGUCCCGCACGUGUGCCCGCUACCUGAGCCAGUUGCAGAGCUGCAGCAGCCUGGCAGAGCAGAUGGAGAGGCUGAAGGAGAUCAUCAGUGAGAUGGGGCUGUCCAGCUACCAGAGGGACUUCCUGCAGGAGGCCAUCAGCAUUUUGCAGCGGUCGACAGGCGGUCAGGGACCCUAGCAGGUGGGGUGGUGCUCGGUGACCCUCCCCUCCCUGGGGGAGGCUGGGG